AACACCCAUCAUCUGUUAUUCUAACAACCUUCUUAUCUCGUCUACACACAAGGGUGAGAGUUUUCGUUCCUAUCAUGAGAACCCUAUCUCUGUAAAGACAGAGCCAUUGUCAAAACUAUGAGAUGUUUUCUUACUGAGGAAAAGAGAUGGAGUGAGACCCCUCUUGAGAACCUGUUCCCUAUCCAGGCAGUGAAGAGCAAGGCAGGUGCUCUGAAAGAUACAGCAACCAGAAAUCUCACAAAAGAUGUGGGAUGUGGUGAAGUGUUGAAAUUCAGUUAUAAUGCUGAAGAAUCAAAGUGGUUGGAGUAUUGUGUGGUGGCAUCAGUGAAAUCAAGAGAGGUAAUUUCCACCCUUUAAGAUAAUUUAGCAGCAGAAGUCAUAAUGUCAGUGUAUCCUUUGGGUGGAAACCUAGUUUUGUUGGAAGUCAAAGAUAAAGGUUUGCUAGAAAAAUUGAUUGAAGGAAAACUCAACUGGUGGAAAGCUUGGUUUGAUCAUAUCAAGCAAUGGUCUCCAUUGGAUGGUGCUGGAGCUAGUAAAAAGUUUGUUUGGCU